UGUCUUGAUGGAAAUGAGAAACUCCUUGUUUAUGAAUACAUGCCUCAAGGUACAUUAAGUAGGCAUCUUUUCAACUGGGCAAAUGAAGGAUUGAAACCACUAGGAUGGACUAAGAGGUUAAUUAUCGCUCUGGAUGUUGCUCGAGGAGUUGAGUACCUACAUGGUCUAGCCCAUCAAAGCUUCAUACACAGGGACCUAAAGCCUUCCAAUAUUCUACUUGGAGAUGAUAUGAGGGCCAAAGUUGGUGAUUUUGGACUUGUGCGUCUGGCUCCAGAAGGAAAGGGCUCUAUUGAAACAAGAAUUGCUGGAACAUUUGGAUAUCUGGCACCCGAAUAUGCAGUGACUGGGAGAGUGACCACUAAAGUCGAUGUCUUCAGUUUCGGCGUGAUCUUAAUGGAACUGAUCACAGGAAGAAAGGCUCUUGAUGACAGCCAACCUGAGGAAAGUGUGCACCUUGUUACAUGGUUCCGAAGAGCACAGCUUAACAAGGACAUGUUUCGAAAAGCAAUUGACCCAUCCAUUGACCUCGAUGAGGAAACACUAGCCAGCAUCAGCACUGUUGCAGAGCUUGCAGGCCACUGCUGUGCAAGGGAACCAUAUCAAAGGCCUGAAAUGGGGCAUGCUGUCAAUGUAUUAUCUUCUCUAGUAGAGCUUUGGAGACCAGCUGCUCAGAAUACAGAGGACAUAUAUGGCAUUGACCUUGAAAUGUCUCUGCCACAAGCCCUAAAGAAGUGGCAAGCGGAAGGCAGAAGCCAUAUGGACUCGUCUUCUUCUUCCUACCAUCCAAGCUUGGACAACACUCAGACUAGCAUACCUACCCGACCAUAUGGAUUUGCCGAAUCAUUUACAUCUGCUGAUGGUAGGUGAUUGAUCACAAUUUCCAACAAUAGUACCGAGUGGUGAUUGAUUUCUCCUGUUCAUUCCAUUUUCCUCUUCCUCACUGUAAGUUUAUGUAGCCCUCAGCUUGUUGAUCCAAGUUCUCUUUUUCUAAGUGUCUGAUAUGUAGCAUAUCUGGUUUCCCUUAAAAACUGUCAACUGACUUGUGAUCUCCUUGAGGCUUCUCAAAGGACUAUAUUUUGUAACGUCAGGGGUCUCUCUCUUAAAAACCAUAGGUCUUCUCAUAAUGCCCUUGAAUGCCGAGAGACAGGUAUCAGUGGUCCAGUAUUAAACAACUAAUGCUGGUAGGAUGAUUGAAUUGGAGUGAAAAAAGAUUGCUGAAAUGAUUUCAAGAAUACAAAGUAGCUUUCAGUAAAAGGCCUGUUGGAUGAGGUGCUAUAAUGAUAGCAGCAGCAGGGUGAAAUUACUCCACUGGUCGUUUCCUUUUUCUUCCAAAUGGUCCCAGAAAGAUUGUUAUCUCGAGUAUUUCAUAUUUGUAUCGAUCAUGUGAAUGCUUUUCAUCAACACGCUGGUCCUACGUCUUCCUUUA